CGGUUCGGUUUGAAAUUCUGUCGAGGGCUAACGGCUCGCGCAGCUGCGAUUUGGAGGGACGCCGCUGGUGCUUGCCGGGGGUUGCUGCGAUCGGCCCGCGUGGAGAAGGUCGGGGGGCCUCGACGCCCGCCCGCUUGGAGCGUCCGUCAUGAGGAGAAGUGAGGUGCUGGCAGAGGAGUCCAUAGUAUGUCUCCAGAAAGCCCUGAAUCACCUUCGGGAAAUAUGGGAAUUGAUUGGCAUUCCAGAGGACCAGCGGUUACAAAGAACUGAGGUUGUAAAGAAGCACAUCAAGGACCUCCUGGAUAUGAUGAUUGCUGAAGAGGAAAGCCUGAAGGAAAGACUUAUCAAAAGCAUAGCCGUCUGUCAAAAGGAGCUGAACACUCUGUGCAGCGAGUUAAAUGUCGAGCCUUUUCAUGAAGAAGGAGAGACAACCAUCUUGCAACUAGAAAAGGAUUUGCGCACUCAGGUGGAACUGAGGAGAAAACAGAAAAAGGAAAGAAAACAAGAACUGAAAAUUCUUCAAGAACAAGAUCAAGAACUGUGUGAAAUUCUUUGCAUGCCCCAUUAUGAAAUCGACAGCACCUCAGUUCCCAGCUUAGAAGAGCUGAACCAGUUUAGACAACACGUGGCAACUUUGAGGGAAACAAAGGCAUCUAGGCGUGAGGAGUUUGUUAACAUAAAGAGACAGAUCAUACUGUGUAUGGAGGAAUUAGAGCACACGCCAGACACAAGCUUUGAAAGAGACGUGGUGUGUGAAGAUGAAGAAGCCUUCUGUUUAUCUCUGGAAAAUAUUGCAACAUUACAGAAGUUGCUCCGGCAGCUGGAAGUGCGAAAAUCACAAAAUGAAGCAGUGUGUGAGGGGCUGCGUGCUCAGAUACGAGAGCUCUGGGAUAGGUUGCAAAUACCUGCAGAAGAAAGAGAAGCUGUGGCCACGGUUAUGACUGGGUCGAAGGCCAAGGUCCGGAAAGCGCUGCAAUUAGAAGUGGAUCGGUUGGAAGAACUGAAAAUGCAAAACAUGAAGAAAGUGAUUGAGGCAAUCCGAGUGGAGGUGGCUCAGUACUGGGACAAGUGUUUUUACAGCCAGGAGCAGAGACAGGCUUUCGCUGCUUACUACUCUGAGGACUACACAGAAAAUCUGCUCCAGCUCCAUGAUGCCGAGAUCGUGCGGUUAAGAAACUACUAUGAGGUUCACAAAGAACUCUUUGAAGGUGUCCAGAAGUGGGAAGAGAGCUGGAGGCUUUUCUUAGAAUUUGAGAGAAAAGCUUCAGAUCCAAGUCGAUUUACAAAUCGUGGAGGAAAUCUUCUAAAAGAGGAAAAGCAGAGAGCCAAGCUCCAAAAAACACUCCCUAAGUUGGAAGAGGAGUUGAAAGCAAGGAUUGAAAUGUGGGAAAGGGAGCAUUCAAAGGCAUUUGUGGUGAAUGGGCAGAAAUUCAUGGAGUAUGUAGCAGAACAGUGGGAGAUGCACCAACUGGAGAAAGAGAGAGCCAAGCAGGAACGACAACUAAAGAACAAGAAGCAGACAGAGACAGAGAUGCUCUACGGCAGUACUCCGCGAACACCCAAGCGGCGAGGACCGACACCCAGCACUCCAGGCAAAGUGCGCAAGCUGAACACUACCACCAUGUCCAAUGCUACGGCCAACAGCAGCAUUCGGCCUGUCUUUUCGGGGACAGUCUACCGCUCUCCUGUGUCUCGACUUCCACCUUCUGGCAGCAAGCCAGUCAUCACUUCCACCUGUUCGGGGAAAAAAACACCCCGUGCCGUCAAGCAUGGAGCCAACAAGGAGAACCUGGAACUCAAUGGCAGCAUCCUCAGCGGUGGGUACCCUGACUCGGCCCCCCCACGGCGCAACUUCAGCAUUAAUUCUGUUGCCAGCACCUAUUCUGAGUUUGCGAAGGAUCCGUCCCUCUCUGACAGCUCCACUGUUGGGCUUCAGGGAUGUUCAAUUAACGCUACAGCUUCAAUAGCUUUGCUCUCACCUAAAGGCCUGUCCCCACCACACAGGACAGCCUUCCUCCUGAUGAAGAUGUCUGUGUGUCAGAAGUUGGGAUGGCCUGACUCACUGCCAAAGAGGUGACAGGGAGGCUGGGAGCGCCUUUGUUCAGUCGUGUAGUUUUGUCAUGUGGGGUGAUGCUGUGGGUCGGGGGUGGUGUGUGAACACACGUGCUUGUCCGAACUUCUGGGUCCAGUUCCCCCAUCCCUGCGCCCCUGUGCCUGAGUCCCUCUACCCUCUGCACUUGGUAGCCAAGUAGGGAGGCUGUCUGGUGGGUUGGGCUGUUCCUGUUCCUGUCAUGGAGACCUGGAACUUUGCACAUCAGUCCUGGGUAGUUGUUCCUGCCGUAGCGUCCACGAUGAGGCUCCUCCUUCACCUACCCUAUGGAUCACUACUGCGCCCCCUGAAGCACUGUUAUUUAUUCUUCCUCUGCCUGUACCCUGCUACUGUCAGCACAGUGAAUGGUUCUUGGAAGCUUACAGGUGUGGAUUUGGUCUGUUAGUCAUGCGUAUACAUGUACUGAUUUUAAAAUAUAUUCUUAAAUUAAAAUGUAUACUUAUAUUUCAGAAACAUA